AUGAUCCAUCCGUCGGGGCGCAGCAGUGCGAGCAGCUCCGCUUCUCCUAAUGCCGUACUGUAUCAGAUUGUAGCCUGUGAGGACCAAUUGCCCGCCUUUGACCCCCUCAUGCUGAAGACGGUGCUUCUGAGCCCCAAUUCCGUGAAAAAAUUCAACUUCAUCGUGCUCAAGCUCCAGUUACUCGUCUUCCAGUCUGUCAUCGCAGCAAUUGGCCUGCGCUAUGCUGUAUUCGCGGCCGAGGUCUCAUUAGGACGGACCCUCGCUCUGAUCUGCGCAGGCCUGCACAUUCCUGGCAUGGUGGUGUUUGUUGCGGGCAUGCGCGCCGAAUAUCUCAAAAUUAUUUUACCCACAUUCGACUUCUGCUUCUUACAAGCCACCAACACGCUGUGGGCCAUUACACUCAGUAUUGUGCUAAGAGACGUCCGCGUGGUUCUCGUUGUUGCGUGCUGGGCGAACUUCACCAACAACCUCUUCCAAGAAACCAAUCUCCGAAAUACCGUCUUCAUGAUAACGUUUGCACUGUUCGAGUGGCUUUUCAACGCGUUGCUGAUGGUUUGGCUGGCUGUGGGGCUUGUGGACGACGUUCACCACUACACCUUAGUUACUGCUCGUGGCCGCACACUCUCGACGAAGGAUAUACUGGUGAACGCAAUGGGUACUAUGUCCAUGGUGGCGUUGCGAUAUCUCUUCCGACGGUACCAGCACGCCAGACGCCAGAAGAAGAAGCGAGACACAGCAAUGCAGGCUCUAGGCUACAGGUGCAAGAUCGCGUUGAGUGCAGUUGACCGCGCAGCGUCUUCCGCCAACAGCGACAUCAUGCCACACGUCGAAAUUCGGGCCAAACCUGAAAGAGCGUACUCAAGUCGUGUAAACACCAACGUUUUGGCCUCGAAAAGGCGGAAAUACCCACCGUUGCAGAUGUACCUCGCCCCGGAAGUCACACGAUUCGACGCUCAGAACACGGUGUGGCCUAAUGACGGCGUGUUUAAGCCUGUUGCUACCUGGAAAAUUGUUUUCUUGUAUUCGUGCGGAGUUAUGGGCAGCGCGUUUGCCGCACUCGCACUCUUUCUUCCGAAAAAUACCAAGAAUGCCGGGGUAAUAGGUGUGUCUGGGCUGAUAGUGAGCUCCAUAUUCAGUGGGAUUUACUUGUGCUGCUGCGAGCGGCAACUACUAAAACGAGUCAUGAGCUCCUUCCACUUCCUGUUCUUCGCAGCCCAGAUCCUAUCAGCAGGGGUGUGCGUCAUGGACAUGUUCUAUUGGAGGUGGGCUCCUGCGUGCGGCGUGGUCUCGAGUUUGCUGCUAGCGUACACAAUCUUGACCGUCGACGCGUUGACUCCGAUCAUGAAGCGCCGAUUGUGUUUUAAGUUCUGGAUGCCGGUGACUGGGAUCGUAGUGUUCUGGGCGGUGGAGGUGCUGGUACUUGUAGACGUGAUGCAGCUCGGCAUCUGGGACCUCCAGGACCGCGUGUUCCUGGAUAUCUCAAUGUUCAACCAUCGAGCCCAAUUUCACGUUGCUCCGUUCUUCUUGAGUCGCUUGGUCACGAUCUUCGUCUGGUCCGGACGCUAUGUGUACGUCGCCCUAACUUGCCAAGAUGACAACGCGCUGAUCAUGAUUCGAGGGGAGGUCGAGUUUGACUAUGAAAGCUGGAAAAAACAAGCCAGACUUGCGAGGUAG